AUGGCCACCUCAACCUCGGACGUUCCUCACGUACCCAUCCCCGCAAAGGGUGUCGACUACAGGGGUAAAGUCGUUCUCGCUCCUAUGGUCCGAUCCGGAGAGCUCCCUUCACGUCUUUUGGCUCUCAAAUAUGGUGCAGACCUUGUAUGGGGUCCCGAAACCGUUGACAAAUCAAUGAUUGGCACCCAACAAAGAGUGAAUCCUCGAACUGGUUGUAUAGAAUGGACGCGAUCUUCCAACAGCAGUCCGGACUCAGCAAUGCCAGGGCGCGAAGCCAUCAUUUUCCGCAUCGACCCAAAGCGAGAAUCGUCUCAACUUAUAUAUCAAAUUGGCACCGCAAACCCCGACCUGGCUGUCAAAGCCGCGACCCUUGUCGCGCCAUACGUCCGGGGAAUCGAUGUCAACGCUGGCUGUCCAAAACCGUUCUCUACGUCAGGUGGCAUGGGUGCCGCACUCUUGCGCACUCCUGAUCUUCUUUGCAGCAUCCUGAAGGCAUUAGUCGAGCACGUAGGCACUCCCAACGAGAUCGGAAUCAGCGUCAAGAUCCGACUUCUUGAAACACCCGAAGAAACUUCAUCUCUCGUCAACCAACUCUGCAAGACUGGAAUUGUCGGAUUGACCAUCCACUGCCGGACAACUCCAAUGAGACCACGAGAACGUGCGAUCAGGGAACAGCUAAGGAUGAUCGGAGACAUCUGCAGAAGUCACGGUGUUGCUUGCCUGAUGAAUGGAGACGUGACGUCCCGAGAACAGGGCCUCGAAUUGGCAGCCGAAUAUGGUAUCGAUGGAGCAAUGAUUGCCACGGCUGCCGAGGCGAAUUCCUCAGUCUUUCGGUCCAAGGAAGAUGGCGGGCUUGCACCAUGGGAAGCAGUCGUCAAGGAAUACAUGGUCUUUGCCAUCACUGUCGAAAACAAGUUUGUCAACACGAAAUUCCUCCUUUCACAGCUCAUGCCGGGGAAGAAUAAAGCAUAUCAGCCCGUUCAGCAAUCUCGGAGCUACAGCGAUAUAUUAGCGUCAUUGAACAUCACAGACGCGGAAAUCGUUAGCCAAGCUAAGGAUGUCGAUAGGAUUCUAGGACUCGAUCAUCCCAGGGUCACCAAAGCCGAUAUCAAACGCCAGCACAAACAGCAGGCAAAUGAAAACAAGCAGAAGAAGCAAGAAAAGAAGAGAGCUCUACAACGGGACGCUGAUCAGAAACGAAACCACAGUCAGGAGCGCACCAAGAAGCAAAAGGCCGAGAUCGCUGCUGACAAUGCUGGUUUCGAUGGGAUAGGACAGGGUGCCAUGGCGGUUGCAGCAUGA